AUGGCUACGCCAACAUCAGCGGCCAAAGGGGACGAACGUCACGACCGCCGCGGCCCCUCUACGACACAAAGCACUAAAUCCCGGCUUUGCGCCGGUUGCAAGUAUGAAGUGUUUCCCGAGAAGCAACCCUUUACCCAGGAAGAGUUCGAACAGAUUCCCUUUUUCAGCGGUGCCGUGUAUCAAAUGUAAAAAUGUCUGGGUCUGGAAGAUUGGAACUUGUCAUGCUAACUUUGGACUCUAGCAAAAUCUGUAUUGCAUGACCAGCAAGAGGAGUCUAGUUUGUGCUACGCGGGGAGGGCGUUUGUCAUGCGGAGUAGGCAUCAGGAAGCCCUCUCAAAAUCUGUGAUGCGCGGGCGUGCAUUACAGACAUCCUGGGUCAUGCAAUACAUGCAUGACAAAUCUCAGAAUCUUCCAGACCCAGACACUUUUACAUUUGAUACCGUGGAUGGGUACACAAAUCGCUACUACUGCGCGGACUGCCUGCACAAGUCAGAAAGCACCGGCGCCACAGUGUCGUCCUCCGGUGGGAAAAAUAAGGAGAAAAAGCCGAGCAUACCGCGAGAGCAUGUCUUUUACCCAACCAUCAGCACCCCCGGUUACCUGGCGAGUAUCAUCAAGCAGAUCGGAAAACCGACGUACUACGCCGCAGAAAACAUAGAGUCGGACGUUCCUUACCUGAUACCUGCAAAAAGCAACCGGCUCAGACGGCUGGAGAGGCGGAGUCUAUCACAGUGCACAACCGGUACAGCUCAUUUCCUCGUUUGCCCUCAGCAUUUCUUGCCAUGCAAGAAAUUGACUAGUGUUGUGUGGGAGUUUGGUGUGCACCACCAGUGGCGCCGUCGCCUAAAGAGCGCUCUAAUCCCCCCGCGGAAAUUUGUCAUGCAAAAGCGGCAACUUUGGUCCAGGUGCAGCACAAUUUCAUGUGGUUGUGUAUGCCUUUGUUGAUGAGAUAAUGCUACUGAGGCACGUCGAGAGUUUGAGUUGUAUGUUGCCACGCACUGUGAUAGGUUCGGGUGGACUUCUACGAGAAAAUCGAGCACGAGUUCGGAACGUUUCUGCAGAUGGUCACAUCCGCAAAGAAAGGUCGUGGCACAGGGGCGACCUUCUAUCAUGAUGAGGAAGAUAACAAUCGCGACGACGCGGGCCGGGGGAGGACCAACGAUGAAAUACAACGAGAGCAAAACAGUAGAACGUCCGCUGCAGGAGCUUCCGAAGAACUACAACACGCGUCUCUCCUUACCAUCGACCGGGAAUUGUUAGAUAAAGACCUGAAAAACAGUGGCUCAGAUUCGGAAGACAGUCAAGACCACAGAGGACACUACGCCGGCAGAACUUUCCGCGCUCGUAGUCGCUCAAGAUCGAGGAGUGCGGGCCGCGGAGGUUCGUCUUUCUCAUCAGGUGUAGCUGCGCCGGGUGGAGGUGUUCAUCCGCGCAGCAAGCUUCGUAUGGACCAGUACGAUGGCGCUGCAGGGGGCUCGUCUGGAACACCUUCUCAUAUGCAAGUCCCCGCGUACACGCAACAAAACGACUUCAGCAACAUCAAGUGCCAUCACUGCGGGGAGUACGGGCACUACGUCCGGCAGUGUCCCAUGGGACCGCGGUGCCACCGGUGCGGCGAAAAGGGACACUUUGCCAAGGAGUGCCCGAAUCUGGCGACACCUUGGGGCAGCUCCAGUACCGAUCCAGCACGGAAGCAACUAGGCACGGACAUAAAUAACAACUCUACGUCUACGGGUGGUUCAUCCACAACUUCGCUAGCGACCGCGAACAAGCUGACCGACCUCGACCUGGACAAAUUUCGCCAAAAUCGGGCUUCCCAGCACAAUCGCCUCGUGAAGAUCCGGGACGCGGAGCGCGGUUUGCACAGCGACAUGCGGGCCUGCAAUUUGUGCGGACAACUGGGCCACAUUGCCCGAGACUGCAACGCCCGGUGGAUCAUCGGAGGUGGCGGGGGAGAUACAGGGGGAGGCCUCGCCCCGCCCGCGGGAGGGCCCGGGGAAGGCGGUCUGUGAGGAAGUCGUAUUUGUUGAUGUCUGUCAGCUGAGGACCUGGCACGAUUUGCAUUGUCAUCCGCUUUGUCCGCGCGAUUGUAUAAAAGCAAGGCUUUCUUGGUGGAAGAUCAUGGACGAAGCACCUGGAGACUCUAGGAUUGUGAAAAUGAUUGGAGCACAACUACGUGAACUUGAUCUUCUAGUACAUGUACAGCGACACUAUUCAUCCAACAGAAAGAAAAACAAAACGGAGACUUCACUGUAGGCAGGUAACUCCAGGCUCCUGAAACCUAUACACUGACCUCGACGGCUACGAGCGUGGCUUGUCACAG